GAAAGUAGUGUAGAUCGUGCAAGCAGGAUACCUUCCGCGAUUCCAUCCAAGACAAAGAUGAAGGAAGCGCAAAUACAGUGAAAGAAAAUUUAGGAAACAAAACAAGAACAAGGUCCCUUUCUCUUCUUUUUUUGUCCUAAUUUAAGCACAAAAGCUACAAAUUUCUCCCUCAUAUCAUAUUCCCAUUGAUCGUCCAUCCUAAAUACUGAGUAUUACUCUUCUCUCUCUCUCACGCACAUCACACUCUUUGCGUGAGAGAGAAAUACCUCCAUUAUACUUUCUCCUGCUCUGAGUAUAUUCUGCCCAGAUCUGGGUUUUGAAGUAAUUGGACCAAGCCCCAUUUCAAGCUCCUCUGACGUCCAGUUGAAAACUCCAUUCAUUUCUCUGAGGCCAGAGACGGAGCUUUUAAGUGUAGAUUGUUGGCAUUGAGUGAUUAGAAUGGCAAAAUCUCGGCAGCAUUUUCCUGCUGAUGAAGUGUUGUCAUCCUCGCCCACUGGUGUCCGGUCGAGGGAAUGGGAAGGUCCGGGCAGGUGGACAGAGUAUUUGGGUCAUGAUGUGGCCUCAACAGCGGCACAUAAAGCCUCUAGGACUGCUGGCACUGAUGGAACAGCAGCCCAUAGCUCGAGUGGGUCUAGUCAUAAAGGACUGAACAUGCAGUGGGUAUACCAGCUCACACAAGUAGCUGAGGGGCUGAUGGCCAAAAUGUAUAGAUUAAAUCAGAUUUUGGAUUAUCCUGAUGUGAUUGGUCAUGUGUUUUCUGAGGCAUUUUGGAAGUCUGGGGUGUUCCCAAACCAUCCAAAGAUAUGUAUAUUCCUCUCAAGAAAGUUCCCUGAGCAUCACAGCAAGCUGCAGCUUGAACGAGUUGACAAGAUUUCUCUAGAUGCUAUGAAUGAUGGUGCCGAAGUUCAUCUACAAAGUUUGGAACCAUGGAUUCAGUUGCUUCUUGACCUGAUGGCUUUUCGGGAACAUGCUUUGAGGCUUAUAUUGGACCUGAGCAGUACAGUGAUUACCUUGUUGCCCCAUCAGAACUCUCUUAUACUGCAUGCAUUUAUGGACCUCAUCUGUGCAUUUGUUCGUGUCAAUCUGUUUUCCGAGAAGAUUCCAAGGAAAAUGAUGCUGCAAACAUAUAAUCUUUUGCAUGCCAUAUCAAGAAAUGACAGAGACUGUGAUUUUUAUCAUCGGUUAAUUCAAUUUGUUGAUUCCUAUGAUCCACCCUUGAAGGGUCUGCAUGAAGAUCUCAAUUUUGUCAGUCCUCGCAUUGGAGAGGUAUUAGAGGCGGUUGGUCCCAUUAUAUUCUUAUCUACCGAUACAAGGAAGCUGCGGAAUGAGGGCUUUUUAAGUCCAUUCCAUCCUCGAUAUCCUGACAUACUUACAAAUUCUGCACAUCCAAUGAGAGCCCAAGAUCUUGCAAAUGUUACUUCUUAUCGUGAAUGGGUAUUAUUUGGGUAUCUUGUUUGUCCUGAUGAGCUUCUCAGGGUAACAAGCAUUGACAUUGCUUCGGUUGUACUAAAGGAGAAUUUAGUCCUUCCCUUGUUCAGAGACGAGGUGAGUUCUAGUAUGUCAGCUAUGAGGAGCACAAUCUUCAUCUCUGCUUACAUUAUUACUUUUAUAUGUAAUUUUCAGUAUAUACUAUUGCAUGAAGACUAUCAGUUAUAUGUUUUGCCUCGGAUACUGGAGUCAAAGAAGAUGGCGAAGUCUGGGCGCACAAAACAAAAAGAAGCAGAUCUGGAGUAUAGUGUUGCCAAGCAGGUUGAGAAAAUGAUAAGUGAAGUGCAUGAACACGCAUUAUAUUCUUGUGAUAUCAUACACCGUGAAAGGAGAAUAUUUUUAAAACAAGAGAUUGGAAGAAUGGUUCUCUUUUUUACAGAUCAGCCUAGCUUAUUGGCUCCUAAUAUUCAGAUGGUAUUUUCCGCAUUGGCUUUUGCUCAAAGUGAGGUACUUUGGUACUUCCAACAUGUUGGAGUAGCAUCAUCAAAAUCAAAAACUGCUCGAAUGGUUGCAGUAGAAAUUGAUUCAAGUGAUCCAACGAUUGGUUUCCUAUUGGAUGGAAUGGACCGCCUUUGUUGUCUAGUGCGGAAGUAUAUUGCUGCAAUCCGAGGCUAUGCCUUAUCGUACCUGUCAUCCUGUGCUGGUAGAAUACGAUUUCUGUUGGGAACGCCUGGGAUGGUUGCUCUUGACCUUGAAGCAACCUUGAAGGGACUUUUCCAGAAGAUUGUUCAACAGCUAGAAAGCAUACCAAAGCCACAGGGUGAAAAUGUUUACGCCAUCACAUGUGAUUUAUCUGAUUUACGCAAAGAUUGGCUUUCAAUAUUGAUGGUUGUUACUUCUGCUCGGUCUUCUAUAAAUAUUCGGCAUUUGGAAAAGGCUACUGUUUCUACUGGAAAGGAAGGAUUGUUAUCUGAAGGAAAUGCUGCAUACAACUGGUCCAGGUGUGUUGAUGAACUUGAAGCUCAGUUAUCUAGACAUGGGAGUCUGAAGAAGCUAUACUUCUAUCAUCAGCAUCUUACAACAGUCUUCCGUAACACCAUGUUUGGGCCAGAAGGUCGUCCACAACAUUGUUGUGCAUGGCUUGGUGUUGCUAGUAGCUUUCCUGAAUGUGCUUCUUCAAUUGUACCUGAGGAGGUAACUAAAAUUGGCCGUGAUGCUGUUCUCUAUGUUGAGUCCCUUAUUGAAUCCAUCAUGGGAGGAUUGGAAGGGCUAAUCAAUAUUCUUGACUCUGAGGGUGGUUUUGGCUCUCUCGAGAUGCAGCUUGUGCCAGAGCAGGCUGCCCAUCUCAUGAAUUUGACUUCAAGAAUAUCUACUCCUUCAGUAAAAUCCCCUAAAACAAUGUCUGGUUUUCAUUUGCCCGGCUAUGAGAGCUACCCAGAAAACAAUAAUUCUAUUAAGAUGUUAGAAGCUGCUAUGCAGAGGCUAACAAAUCUUUGCUCAGUCUUGAAUGAUAUGGAGCCUAUCUGUGUCCUAAACCAUGUCUUUGUUCUGAGGGAGUACAUGAGAGAAUGUAUACUUGUGAACUUUAGAAGGAGACUGCUAGCUGUUCUUAAAAGUGAUAAUGAUCUACAACGCCCUUCUGUAUUAGAAUCACUUAUUCGCAGACAUACAGCUAUAGUCCAUCUAGCUGAACAACAUGUUAGCAUGGACCUGACACAGGGCAUCCGUGAAAUUUUACUGACGGAGGCAUUCUGUGGUCCAGUUUCAUCUCUACAUUUGUUUGAGAAAGCUGCAGAGCAGUACACAGGAUCUGCAACUGAAGCUGUGUGCAACUGGUACAUCGAAAACAUUGUCAAUGAUGUGUCUGGUGCUGGUAUACUUUUUGCACCACUCCAUAAAUGCUUCAAGAGCUCAAGGCCUGUUGGGGGAUAUUUUGCUGAGUCAGUCACUGAUCUUAGGGAAUUAAAAGCUUUUGUUCGGAUUUUUGGCGGUUAUGGAGUUGACAGGUUUGACAGAAUGAUGAAAGAACACACAGCUGCACUGCUGAACUGCAUUGACACAUCACUACGUGCCAACCGUGAGAUUUUGGAGGCAGUUGCAGGAAGCAUGCAUUCUGGUGACCGGAUAGAUAGAGACACAAAUAUCAAGCAGAUUGUUGAUAUGGACACCAUGGUGGGGUUCUGUGUACAGGCAGGACAAGCUAUUGCUUUUGAUUGUCUUCUAGCAGAAGCUGCUGGAGCUGUACUGCAGGAAGGUGCUCCUCUAAUACAUUCUUUACUAACAGGGGUUGCUAAGCAUUUACCUGAGGAAAUUCCCGAGAAGAAGGAAAUUAGAAGGUUGAGAAGGGUGAUAAACAGUGUGACUCUAGCUGAUGACCAUGACUCAGAGUGGGUCAGAUCAAUUUUUGAAGAGGUUGGGGGUGCAAGUGAUGGUUCAUGGAGCUUGUUGCCAUAUUUAUUUGCCACAUUCAUGACUUCAAAUAUCUGGAGUACUACAGCUUUCAAUGUUGAUACUGGAGGUUUCAACAACAAUAUUCACUGCUUGGCAAGGUGUAUUUCUGCUGUUAUUGCAGGAAGUGAAUUCGUGAGACUUGAAAGAGAAAAUCAACAGAAACAAUCUUUUUCAAAUGGCCAUGUUGAUGAGGCAUUAGAUCCUGAGACACAGAACCGGUCUUCGGUGGAGGCAAGCAUUAAGUCCACAAUGCAACUGUUUGUCAAAUUCUCUGCUGGAAUUAUCCUGGAUUAUUGGAAUGAACAUAACAGAUCUCAUAUUGUAGCAAAGCUUAUAUUCCUGGACCAAUUUUGUGAGAUCUCUCCAUACCUGCCAAGAAGCUCGCUAGAAGCCCAUCUUCCUUUCGCAAUUCUCCGCUCCAUAUACACCCAAUACUACUCAAAUUCCUCUCCUGUGCACGCGCAACUUGCAUUGCUCAACGCAUCUCCCCGGCAUUCGCCUGCUAUACUUGCGCACACAUCUCCAGCAAUGAGGCAGCCGCCCCACCGGGAAGAGUCUACUCCACAUUCGACUCUUAAUGAUUCCGGCUAUUUCAAGGCAUCAUCAAGCCAUAACCAAAAUCAACUAUAUGACACUGAAAAUAAAGCUCGGAAUACGAGGCGGUCUGGGCCGUUGGAUUAUAGUGCCACUCGCAAAGUGAAGUUUAUGGAAGGCUCAACAUCAUCAAGCACAGGUCCAAGUCCCUUGCCAAGGUUUGCAGUGUCCAGAUCCGGUCCCAUAUCAUACAAGUAGUAGAAACAAUGCCCCAAAACUUUAAUGUACAUUUGCUUCCUGUUAAUGUCAAUAUUUCAAAGUGGUAAUUCUGUCUACUACUAUGCUCAUAUAAUUUUGACGCUGUUUAUUCAUAUUUGGAAAUUUUAUUUUAUUUAUUCCUUGUUAUUCUCAUUCACUUCA